AUGCCCUCCAUCCUCAGUGAUACCGACAAGGAAACUGUUAAGCGGAAUGUCCCCAAACCCGCCAACAAGAUCCUCGCCGUAGCUGUCGCGCGACUCUACGUCGCCUACCCGGAUGGACAGAAAUGGACAUAUACCGGAAUUCAAGGGGCUGUUGUCCUCUGCAAUGACCUUGUUGGAAGGACUUUUUGGCUUAAAAUAGUCGAUGUCUCGCCCGCUGGCAGGGGCGUAAUCUGGGACCAGGAGAUCUAUGACAACUUCGCUUACAACCAGGACCGAACCUUCUUUCAUACAUUUGAGCUCGAAACUUGCCCCGCCGGCCUGUCCUUUGUCGACGAGAAGGAAGCCAAGACCUUUAUCAAGAAGGUGCAUGAGCGCGAGAAACAUGCAAGUAAAGAAACCACCAAGACUCCUUUUGCAUCUACUCGAGGCCAGGGACCUGCUCCUGUUACCAAUGGUAAAAUAGGACGGUCUUUGUUUGGCAGCUUGUUGCAUCGUUCGAGCGCAGCUCCGAGUGCACCACACCCGACAGCACCUGCGCCCUCAAUACAGGUUGCUCCUCCACCUCCGACGCUGUCCCCAAGCGUGCCACCAGCCAAGCCAGAUUUGCCAUUUGACACGAGUGACCCAUCUUGGAAAGGACUGCUGGAUGAGCUUAAGGGGAUGGGAAUCACCGAAGACCAAAUCGCCGAGAAUUCCGAAUUUAUCAAAGCUUGGAUUGACCAGAAACAGGCGGCGGCGGCCGAGGCUGCUCCCGCUGAGGACCAGAAUAAGCCAAAGGCCGCUCCUCCACCGCCACCUUCUGCACCUCCCGCUCCGAAAAUAACCUCGAUCAGUCCUCAAGACACAGGUUCUAGCACGGCAAGCAGACGGGGACCUCCGCCGCCGCCGCCAUCACGGAAAACACGUUCUGAAGCUCCAGAGGAACCCGUUUCCCUCCCCCCUCGUGAGCCAUCUCCACCUGCGCGAAGGUUCAAUGCGCCGCCUCCGUUUGCAGACGCAGGAAAAUUCGCAGAGCCCGCCGGCCCUAUACCCCCGCGGCGUCCACGCGCAAUUUCCAACGUCAAUGCUGGGCCUGGGCCUCCGCCGCCCCCGCGGCCACCAAAGACACCGAUGGACGAUAGCCAACAUAAUCAAUCGAGUCAAUCGAGAUUUGGGGUACCGCCGCCUUUCUCUGGUGACCGAAAGGUGUCUGCGCCCCCGGCGCCCCCCAGCCGAAGCCCUGCACCAGGUGGCCCUCCCCCCCCGCCGCCUCGCACAGCAAGCCCGGCAGCACCCCAACUGCCCCCCAAAGUCCCACCCAUGACUACUACAACUGGACCUCCCACUCCACCCGCCAGAGGCCCUGUUUCCCCCCCACUUCCACCCCCACCGCCUCGACCUGUGCUAGUUGCACCAUCUUCUCCUGUAGUAGCUCCUCCACCACCACCGAGAGGACCAGUACCGCCUCCCCCCGCCCCGCCCUCGGUACCUACGUAUUCUCCUAGCGUUGCUCCUCCUCCUCCUCCGCCGCCUCCGCCACCUAGCUCUGGAGCACCCGGUGCCCUCCCGCCCCCUCCGCCUCCGGGCCGGGGUGGCCCUUCAAUGCCUCCACCUCCACCUCCUCCGGCACCUGUUUCGGGCGCACCGGGUGGACCACCACCGCCUCCUCCGCCGCCUGGGGCCCCUGGAGGUGGUGCUCCUCCCCCGCCUCCACCCCCUGGGGGUGCUGCGCCACCUUUGCCAAAACCCGCCGGUGGGCACACCGAUCUGCUAGCAUCCAUCCGAGCUUCUGGUGGCCAUGGAGGCGGUGGCUUGCGCAAGGUCAAGGAAACGGAAAAGAAAGAUCGAAGUAAAGCCAUGGUACCUGGUGGAGCCAACGAGUCCUCGGCUACAGGCCCCAAUCAAGGAGGCGCCCCGCAAGGUGGUUUGGCCGGCGCAUUACAAGAUGCUCUCAACAAGCGAAAACAGAGAGUCAGCGGAAGCGAUGACGAGAAAGACAACGACGACGAUUGUUUUGAGUUUCGCUUCAAAAAAAAACACCGCGUCUCAUCCGGGAUGAAGCCUGAUACUCCAUCUCUUGGGUCUUUGCCUGUUGAAAUUCUGUGCUCUAUCUUCCGUCUCUUGGACCCUAUUGGCCUUAUAUCCAUCAGCCAAACCAGCUCCAAAUUCCGCACAGUGGUUCAACCACAACGAAUCCAUAUACUGGAGAGGUUGCUUGAACUUGAAUGCCGAGAAGAAGUUGGAGGAGUCACGCCCAUCUUUCGAUCGAAGGACAACCACAUCGACCCCGACUUCACGUCCAAAGAAUGGCAUUCUGUGCGUUGGGCCUGUAGUAUCUGUCUGCAUAUGCUUCCACACACAGCCUUUGACAAUCAUUACAUCCUACGACUGCAAUACCGCAAGCCAUUACCAGGGUCUCCAGCAGCGACUCCCUACACGAGCUGGGAGCCAACAAUAGAUGGGAAACUCCGCAAACAGUACCAUUUACACAAACAACAAUCCAACUACCGGGAUGAGGACCGGAAAAUACGGCGUCGAUAUGAUCUCGCUUCCAAGUGUAACACAUUGAGACCGGACCGUCCUAUGCGCAACAGGGCUGAAAGAUUGGCCAGCUUUCAGGACAGCGGGAUGAUCACAUUCCAGGGCUUUAGUCUAGACCAAUAUUGCAGUAUCACACAAGAGGAAGAGCAGGUUCUUCUUGACCAUGAAGCACGCCUCAUUGAGAGAGAGCGAUGCGGCUUUAAGCGGCACUUGCGCAAGUGUAAUGAAUGUCGUUUCCGGCGCGGUGAACUCUUAUCUAUUGUGCAGCGAGGCACAGACAAGGUACCCAUAAUGCCAAGCCGUCUUCUGCCAUUUCCCAGUGCUUUGGACCGAUCUUUCCCAGGGUUUUCCGUCAUAAUGAAAAAUGUGCGCCCGACCGCGAAUGCCCCUGUUCAAUGCGUGUAUCGCAACAACGUUUUUGAUUCUCUCUGGACUAUGUAUAUGGUGCGAUGCCCAGGAUGUUCGCGCUGGCAGGAACUGCGUGCGUUCCGUCUUGGUGCUGGUUUCCAACACUGGACGCCUACUACCGACUCUAUCUCGGUGUUCAAAAACUGGGACGAAACCGAGAUCACCGGAAAGUUUAUUGAUGAAUUAUCCUGUAACUAUUGUUUUUCUAAAGGCAAGGGACGCGAAAAGCUUCGUGAAGUACUUGUGAAAUGGUUGGACUGCUGUUUGGAUAACGAGAGAGGGCGCCUGGGAUAUCUGCUUUUGGGUGGCUGGGAGAGGCUGUUAAGGCGAUACUGGCGGGCUGAGCUGCUAACUGACAUGAUUGAGGUUAGAAAUGUCGUCUUGGACGCUCAAUUUGUUGCUGCAAAGGUUCAGAAAGAUCACGAUUAUCUCAAGAUUAGCCUCGACGAUAUCUUGACGUUGAAGCUGGGCUUUCGGGAGUGGGUCACUGUGUGGGAGAACCUAGACCCCAAGAAUCGAAUUUAUUUCGAACACAACUCCUGGGAUGAGCUAUGGUUCAACAACUACGAGGCGAUAGAGGCACACUUGAUCUGGGUGAUUCAAUGCAAAGAGGAGAUAAUGGAGAAGGAGAAGGGCGAUGCCUUAGUUGACUGGGCACUGAGCCGAGAAGGAACUGCUUUUACUUAG